AUGACCGGCUUCCACAACAGUUCCAGCCCACCUCUGGACAACAUGGAGAAGAGUGAAUACACGGCGCAGCCGCAGACUGUGUCUCCUGUCGUCAGCGGACAACAUGUCCAUGGCGUCGACAUUCACGAUGGGACUCAGCUCCAUCGAGGCCUGAAGGCGCGUCACAUCACGAUGAUAGCCAUUGGCGGUGCCAUAGGUACCGGCUUGAUCAUCGGGACAGGUCAAGCUCUGGCUCGAGCAGGCCCUGGCUCCAUCUUCAUCUCAUACACAGUGGUCGGCUUCCUCGUCUACCUCGUCAUGUGCGCAUUGGGCGAGAUGGCCGCCUGGUUACCCCUGUCGUCCGGCUUCACCGGUUAUGCCGUACGCUUCUGCGAUCCAGCACUCGGUUUUUCUCUUGGAUACACUUACUGGUUCAAAUACGUCAUUGUCACUCCCAACCAACUCACAGCCGGCGCCCUGAUCAUCCAGUACUGGGUCGACCGCGACCAAGUGAAUCCAGGCGUCUUCAUCGCGAUAUUCUGGGUCGCCAUAGUCUGCAUCAACUACUUCGGCAUCCGCUUCUUCGGCGAAUUCGAAUUCUGGCUCUCGACCAUUAAAGUGAUCGUGAUCGUCGGCAUCAUCAUUCUAUCUCUCGUGCUUGCUCUCGGCGGCGGGCCAGACCACGACCGUAAAGGGUUCCGGUACUGGUCCAACCCCGGCGCGUUCGCCGAAUACAUCGACACAGGCGCGACCGGGCGCUUCCUAGCCUUCUGGUCCACGAUGGUGACGGCAACAUUCGCCUACCUAGGCACCGAACUGGUCGGCGUGACCGUCGGCGAAGCACAGAACCCUCGCAAGACCAUCCCGCGCGCCAUCAAACUCACCUUCUACCGUAUCCUGUUCUUCUACUGUCUCAGCGUCCUGCUCCUGGGAAUGCUCGUGCCGUACGACUCGGAACAGCUAGCGUUCGCGACCAAAGCGACCAGUUCGGCGUCGGCGUCGCCCUUCGUCGUCGCGGUCAAACUCGCCGGCAUCAACGCCUUGCCGGGCAUCUUAAACGGCUGUAUUUUAUUGUUCGUCUUCUCGGCGUCCAACUCGGACCUCUACAUCGCCAGCCGUACCCUCUACGGCCUCGCCAGCGAAGGCAAAGCGCCCAAGAUCUUCCGACGCACCGACUCUCGCGGCGUGCCCAUCUAUGCGCUGGGCAUUUCCGCGGCGUUCGCGCUGCUUGCGUUCAUGAACGUCUCGGACGACUCGAGGAUCGUGUUUGGCUACUUCGUCAACCUGACCACCAUUUUCGGCCUGUUGACCUGGAUUUCGAUUCUGGUCGCGCACAUCUACUUCGUGCGUGCGCGCCGGGCCCAGAACGUGCCGGACACGGCGCUGGCGUUCAAGGCGCCCCUGGGCGUGCCCGGGUCGUACGGGGCCCUGGCGCUGUGCAUCCUCAUCGCGCUGACCAAGAACUUCCCCGUCUUCACGCACUCCGAGUCCUGGGGCGACUUCGACUACAAGAACUUCGUCACCGGCUAUCUCGGCAUCCCGCUGUACCUGAUCAUGAUCUUCGGCUACAAGUUCGUCACCAAGUGCAAGGGCGUCUCGCCUGAAACGGCCGAUCUGUGGUCCGGCAAGGAUGCCAUUGAUCGCGAGGAAGAGGAGUUCUUGGCCAGGAAGCGCGCCAAGGACAUGGAGCGUGGCAAGGCGGGCAUGUCGCGGGGCUGGUUCUAUCGCACGUUUGUCUCUUGGUUGUUUUGA